AUGAAUAAUUAUAUAGAGUUACUUAAAGACCCUUAUAAUCUUACAAAAUGGGUCAAGAUCCUUGAUAUUCAGGUCACCAAAGCUUCUAGUGAUGAAGAAGUUACUAAUAUGAGAACCAUCUAUGAUGAAUUCCUUGGAAACUUCCCUUAUCUUGUCAAUUACUACAUUAAAUACAUUGAUCUAGAAUACCAACUCCAAAAUAUAUCUAAAUGUGAGGAAAUCUAUGAAAGUGGAUUCAGAUACCUUAGUUAUAGCAUAGAAUUUUGGAUGAGUUAUUUAAAGUUCAAGAUUACUACCACUGCCAUAAAUUUCAAUUCAGUUAAAGAUCUUGUCACAUUGUUUGAGACGGCUAGAUCUUUUAUAGGAUUACACUACUUCAGUGGAGAUUUUUAUAAACUUUAUCUUGAAUUCCUUCAAACUUACGAAACCCUUGGGAUUACAGGUUAUGAUAAUUUGUUAAAAUAUGUUCUCGAAGUGCCAUUAUAUAAUUAUUCUUAUUUCCAUGAGAAAGUCGACAAGAAAUACGUUGACAGUUAUAUUACCACUCAAUAUAAAGCUUAUAAGUUAUAUGAAUAUGAGAAAAAGCUAACUAAUUAUAAUGAUGUCAAGUUCAUACUGGUUCAAGAAUUGAAAACCUGGGAUAAGUAUUUGGAAUUCAUGGAAUUGAAUUAUCCUCAUGAAUUCGUAAUUCAACUAUACGAAAGAGCUGUAAUCACCACAUCGCAGUAUCCAGAGAUAUGGAAUAAAUAUGUUAGUUAUCUCACGUCGAAGGGAAAGUAUCGUCAAGCAGAAAUUGUAGCUAAAAGAGGAAAACAAAUAGAGAGGAUAGUGGAAUUUGCUUUGAUCAGAGAUAAGCAUCUUGUGGUUGAAGCAUUGAAGAAAUCAAGAGAAUCUACCAAAUUGCCAGUUCAAGAUAACUGGAAUGACUAUAACGAAACCUUAAGUAAAUAUCUUCAUACAUAA